AUGAAUAGCCUAACCAUAGCAGCUGUUUUACUCAGCAUCCUACUCAAAUCCUGUCUUGCACAAUCUGCUGUCAACCCAGAUCUCUGUGUAUGGCUACAACCACCUUACCGAGCUAGCAGCCCAUUCAAAUUACUGGCUCGGAAUAGCUUCCCAGGCAGUGUUUCAUACGAAGAGUCCAUCCGUUCCUACUACUCCCUCAACGCCCGGCUACACCCUACCUGCAUUGUUCAACCUCUCUCGGCGCAAGAUGUUUCUGUUGCUGUUCGAACACUGACCACUUCGCAUGUUGGGCCUUGUUUCUUCGCCGUCCGUAGUGGCGGCCACACGCCGACUCCCGGCGCGGCAAAUAUUGAGCCUGGAGUUACUAUUGAUCUCUCGUUGAUGAAUCAUACUACUUAUGGCCCCAGCACAGGCACUGCUUCAAUUCAAGUCGGAGCCCUUUGGGGCUCAGUGUACGAGACUUUGCUAGAGAGUAACGUCACAGUUGCGGGUGGCCGUGUAGGGCCCAUCGGCAUCGGGGGCUUUCUGACCGGCGGAGGGCUUUCGUUAUACAACGGGCGUGUUGGUCUCAGCUGUGACAAUGUCCGAGGCUUCGAGGUGGUCUUGGCGAGCAGCGAGAUUGUCUAUGCUAAUUGGCACUCACAUCCCGACCUUUUCAAGGCCCUGAAGGGGGGCUCCAAUGACUUUGGCAUCGUGACUACGUUUGAUAUGGAUACCCUGCCUGCGGAAGAUCUAUGGGGCGGCGCUCUUGUCUAUAAUAUCUCUCGCGCUCCGGAGUACAUCGCUGCCGCGACCGAUUUCACCGAUAAUAUCGCCACCGACCCUUAUGGCGCAUGGUAUGGCAUCUUCAAUUACAAUGCCACCACAGGUCGAACCGAUAUUGUCGCUACGUUGGCUUACACGAGACCCGUGAUGCGGCCUGCAAUCACGGAUACGACCCGGAUCUCGACGAUUGUGAACCAGAACAGAUAUACUUAUACAUCUUAUCGCGUCGACGGUCAAACAAGCACUUAUCUCAACAGAGCCGACGUUAUCCGUCAAGCCGUCGAGACCCACUCAAAGCAGAUCCGGAGGGCAAAAUCUCGAGCCCGCAGCAAGGACUUUGGAAUUAUCUUCGUUGUGCAGCCCUGGGUCCCUCUUUUCUGGAAGGACAGUGAGGCGCGAGGAGGGAACGUGCUUGGAUUGGAACGUUUCAACGAAAAUAUGCUCAAUAUUGUUAUCAGUUAUGCCGGAGGCACCCAGGACCCGCUUCGUGGGUAUGGACCGGUCAAUGUGAGAUUCAUGCAGCAGGUGGCCAGAAAGUAUGAUCCCGAGGAAGUGUUCCAGCGUCUGGUCCCGGGCGGCUUCAAGCUCUCCCGAACUAUUGGACUGGAUUGAUUGGGGGUUUCUAGGAUCAGAAAUUGCUCAAACGAGUCAUAUGUCGCGUGCCUUUCAUCUACAAGUAAUCAUCGAAAUUGCGGGCGCGGGAGGGUGCUCUUGAGCGCACCUUUGUAUAUGCCGAAAGUUACAUACAUGCACUUGAUAACAUGCGGCAAUGACGG